AUGCCGUCGCAAAGAGACAAGAAGAAAAAGAAGUUUGGUUUCAACGCCACAGCUAAGAGCACCGAACACCAGCGGGGUGACGUUGUCUACGAACUCGUGGAAACAAUGUCCGUUGUGAAACUGGAGCAACUGAUUGCUGACAGUGUCGGCUGUGACAGACGCAACGCUGCUUUGAUAAUCCUUCGAGAUAUGGCAUUCGCCUUUGGUGUUGAAUCUACAGGUACAGAGCACUGGCCAAAGAGCCACGAAGCCUUCCGACUUGUAGUGGACUUCAUUUACCAAAUACGUGACGAGAUGACUCAAAAGCCCAGCUUUCGAGCAGCCGUCAAGUGUUACAAAGAAUGGGGAGUCUGGUGGUCGAGUGAUGGCAAACACAUAUGGGAUCUCGAAAGAGUCAUUCAUAUCCUGUCGUUGCUUGACUUCAAGGAACCCCAGCUAGAAACAGAUGAUCUCGAAGAGGAAGCAAAUGGAAGCUUAUGGCAGCUAGAUGAACUACUACUUGUACCCAAGACUAUUAUGCCCAAGCUACCUGAGAUUGUUGAAGUCGUGGCAAUCGCUGGCAAACACAGUGGAGCAAGCACAAAUCACAUUCUGCAAAUGGCACAACUUCGCUUGGCCAAAGACCAGAAUCCUGAUGCCUUUGGGCAAUCGAUACCCGGCCUUGAAUGUCGCCAUGUGAACGGGCAGGUGCGAUAUUUCUUGUCGGAAGAAGAGGGGUAUGACGAUCCCAUAUUGACAGGCCACUUGCGCAAAAGCAGCUAUCAGGUCGCAUUCCGUGUCCUUCAAAGGAUGGUCUAUCUUUGCGAGUGGCGAACCUGGCCAACCAAUUUGCAGUGCACAACGUUGGCUCUCAAGGUUUGCGACUGCAACACAAGCAAGCACCAGGAGUUGUUGGAUAUAUGGAAUUCGUUGGGUGUCUGCCGCAUACCGAAACGUGCUGCGACGAGCACCGACCCAUCAUGGAAUCACGACCGCAUUCAGCAGUUACUAUCCAACAGUCAGGUGGCCCGCCAUUUGCAAAUGUCCGUAACUUCUAUCCUUCGCAAUCUUCCUACCCUGAGCUCUUCAAGUCUUGAAGAUCAUUCAUGA